UUUUGAUUCUUAUACAGGUUACGUCCAUUCCGAGCGGCUGAUUUCCUAUCAAAUGGAGGUUAGCCGCCUGAAAGAAAUUGCAUUGCAUUCCAUUCCAUUCCAUUCCAAUUUCCACUGGCAGUGAAACAGCCAAAGAACAGAAAAAAAUAUAAAAAGGUGGGCGUGCAACUUUCCCUUCCUUCGCCGAAGCCGCGCGACGGAAACCCCAAACCCAACCUCAUCUCUUUUCUCGGCCUCUACCGCCCCCUCGAUCGGUCGGCCGGUCAGCUAUGACGCCGGGAAGCUCGGCCGCCGGAUCCGGCGUCGUCGUUCCUCGGAACUUCAGGCUCCUAGAAGAGCUUGAACGUGGAGAGAAGGGCAUUGGAGAUGGGACAGUGAGCUAUGGAAUGGAUGACGCAGAUGACAUCUACAUGCGAUCAUGGACUGGCACUAUUAUUGGCCCUCAUAAUUUUAUGUCGAGUUGUAUUAAUCUCUUUUCUUACUUGAAGACCGUCCAUGAGGGUCGCAUCUACCAGCUGAAGUUGUUCUGCGACAAGGACUACCCUGAGAAGCCACCAUCAGUUCGAUUUCAUUCAAGAAUAAACUUAACAUGCGUUAAUCAUGAAACUGGAGUGGUUGACCCGAAGAAGUUCAGCGUUCUGGGUAACUGGCAGCGUGAUUACUCAAUGGAAUACAUCCUAACCCAUCUCAAGAAAGAGAUGACAUCGCCACAGAACCGCAAGCUAGUUCAGCCUCCGGAAGGGACAUUCUUCUAAAGAUGGCAGCAACUCAUGUCCAUCCAUGGUGACUCGGAAACAGCUUCCGCACCUGGUUCCUAUAUUUUAUAUAUUUAGUCUGAUCUCCCAGUUAUCUGUAAACCACCGAGAUCGAGUGCAAGCAGACUUGGUUGAUUUACAAUUUGCCCGGUGGUUGCUAAUGAUAUGGGAUGAAACGGUUGCCGGUUUGGCUGCUAUUAAGGUUGUGUAAUCUGAUGGGCAAUUUCAGCAUUCUAAUGCCCUAAUGAUGAAUCUUUGGCCAUUUGCUGUUCUGCCU